CGGCGGGCGCGGCCAAUCAGCGGCGGGCAGGCGCGGGCGGGGCGCGCUGCUAUUGGCCGACCUUGAGGCGGCGCGCUCCCAUUGGCGGCGGGGGCGGCGUGGGGCGGGGCCAGGCGCGGGGGCCCUGGGCGGGGCCGGGGGCGGGGCGAAGGGCGGGGCGAAGGGCGGGGCCAGGCGGAGCCCCGCCCGCCGGCUGGUGCUGGGCUGGUUCCUGCUCUGCGCCGGCAUCCACGGCGUCCUGGAAGGGUACUUCAGCCUCCGGCACCGGGAGCUGCCCGCCGACACCGGGCUGCUGGCCGACGUCUGGAAGGAGUACGCCAAGGCCGACAGCCGCUACAUGACGAGCGAUGACUUCACGGUUGCCAUGGAGACGGUGACAGCCUGGGCCUGGGGUCCCCUGAGCUUCCUCACCUUCCUGGCGCUGCUGCGGCAGCACCCGGCGCGCCACGUGCUGCAGCUGGUGGUGUCCCUGGGUAUGGCACUGUCAUUGUCAUUGUCAUUGUCACUGUGUCACCCUGACCCCGUCCCCGCCACGUGCUGCAGCUUGUGGUGUCCCUGGGGCCCCGCGGGCUCGGGCCCCGGCUGCGGGCUCGGGCUCGGGCUGGGGCUGGGCCCCGGCUGCGGCAGCCCCGGGCGCGACGAGGCGGGCGGCGGCUACAACAGCGAGGAUGAGUACGAGGCGGGCAGGGUGGAGAUGGACCCCGCCACGGCCGAGCAGGCUGGUAUGGACUGGGGGGACUGGGAGGGACUGGGAGAAGAUUGGGAGGGACUGAGAGAGGCUGGGAAUGCACUGGUGGGCACUGGGAUGGACUGGGAGGCGACUGGGAGGGUGCUCAGAACGCUGGGGGCACCAGGCUGCUGUUCCCUCCCCUCUACCCCAGAGUCCCCAGGGCUCUCCCAUUCCUGUCCCCCGUGUCCCAGUGGUGCUGUGCCUGUCCCGUGUGUCCCCAGCCUGUCCCCAGCUGUCCCCAGCCUGUCCCCAGCUGUCCCCAGCUGUCCCCAGUGUGUCCCCAGCUGUCCCCAGCUGUCCCCACUGUCCCUCUGUCCCCAGAUGAAGAACGCCGAUUAUUUCUCCAACUACGUCACGGAGGAUUUCACCACCUACAUCAACCGCAAGCGCAAGAGCACCUGCCACGGGAACCACAUCGAGAUGCAGGCCAUGGCCGAGAUGUACAACCGGCCCGUCGAGGUCUACCAGUACGGCACUGAGCCCAUCAACACGUUCCACGGGAUCCAGCACAACGAGGACGAGCCCAUCCGGGUCAGCUACCACCGCAACAUCCACUACAACUCCGUGGUGAACCCCAACAAGGCCACCAUCGGCGUGGGGCUGGGGCUGCCCUCCUUCAAACCGGGGCUGGCGGAGCAGUCCCUGAUGAAGAGCGCCAUCAAGACGUCGGAGGAGUCGUGGAUCGAGCAGCAGAUGCUGGAGGACAAGAAGCGCGCCACCGACUGGGAGGCCACCAACGAGGCCAUCGAGGAGCAGGUGGCCCGCGAGUCCUACCUGCAGUGGCUGCGCGACCAGGAGAAGCAGGCGCGCCAGCCCCGCAAGGCCAGCGCCACGUGCAGCUCGGCCACAGCAGCAGCGGCCAGUGGCCUGGAGGAGUGGAGUGGCCCCCCGCAAGGCCAGCGCCACGUGCAGCUCGGCCACGGCAGCAGCGGCCAGUGGCCUGGAGGAGUGGAGUGGCCACUGAGCCCUGUGGUCACUCUGGUCACUGUGCUGACCCCUGUGGUCACUCGCUGGUCACUCUGGUCACUGUCAUUGUCCCCGCAGCCCCGCAAGGCCAGCGCCACGUGCAGCUCGGCCACGGCGGCGGCGGCCAGUGGCCUGGAGGAGUGGAUUUUCUCCAAUCUUCACCCCGUCCCCCUCCCCAAAUCCCCGUGCUGGGCUCCCCCAGGCCUGAACGACUGGGAGGACGACGAGAUCCUGGCGUCGGUGCUGGCGGUGUCGCAGCAGGAGUACCUGGAGACCAUGAAAACCUCGCGCCACAGAGACCCCGCCGCCGACAAGAGUUGAUAUUGAACCCCCGGACUGCGCCCCCCGUCCCCCGGAGACCCUCCCCCACCCGAAAAAAAAA